AUGGAGCCCCAGGCGAAAAAACAACGUCUCGACACAACAGCGAGUAAUGACACCUCUAAUACUUCCUUGUCAAAAGUCGAGGGCUCUGGCGAUCUCUAUUUGGACACAAUCAAUCGCCACAUGCUCGACUUCGACUUUGAAAAAGUAUGCUCAGUAUCGUUGUCCCAUUUGAACGUGUACGCGUGCCUUGUAUGUGGCAAAUACUACCAAGGUCGUGGAAGAUCAUCCCACGCGUACUUUCAUAGCAUUCACAAGGAUCACCACGUCUUCAUUAACCUACACACUCUCAAGGUUUAUAUUCUUCCCGAUGGUUAUGAAGUCCAGGAUCCUUCUUUAGAUGAUAUCAAAUACGUCCUCAAUCCAAUUUUAACGAAAGAACAAGUAAAGCGUUUGGACACGAACUUAAAAGCUUCCUAUGAUUUGAACAAUAAAAAAUAUCUGCCAGGAUUUGUCGGGUUGAAUAAUGUCAAAGCGAACGAUUACGUGAACGUUGUGGUUCAAACGCUGAUACAUAUACCACCAUUGCGUGAUUAUUUCAUUCUCCAAGAUUUUGAAAGUCAAGGUAAAUCACAGCUUGUCACCCGUUUUGGUGCUCUCGUACGAAAAAUGUGGAAUCCAAAGGCAUUCAAAGGUCAAGUCAGUCCACAUGAAUUGUUGCAGGAAAUCUCGAGCGCAAGUCAAAAACGUUUUCGGUUGACAGAACAGAGCAAUGCUAUCGAUUUUCUGUCAUGGUUCCUGAAUACAUUGCAUAAAGAUCUUGGUGGUACAAAGAAGCAAAACAGCAGUGUGAUUUACCGCAUAUUCCAGGGAGAGGUACAAGUUGAGUCACAAGAUGUAGGACCAGGCGAACCACCAUUAGAAGAAAGAGGCAUUGCAGUUUUCGAUGGGGAUCGAGAAAUCAAGUCGAGCAAAGUACCCUUUUUGUUUCUGGCAUUGGAUUUACCACCUGCACCUUUGUACCAAGACGAGGCUGAAAAGGACAUCAUUCCUCAGGUGCCACUGACUACAAUCCUUGCAAAGUACGAUGGACGACAUAUCCAGGAAACUGCGAAUCAAAAGAAACGUUACCACAUCACUCGUCUUCCACAAUAUCUGAUUCUCCACAUCAAGCGUUUCAACAAGAACAAUUGGACCCUUGAAAAGAAUCCUACCAUUGUAAACUUCCCUAUUCAAAACGUCGAUAUGAGCAGUUGUGAGUUACAUGUGUACAUGUCAUUGCUUUUCCUUUGUUCUCUGUGCUAA